AUGUGGUUGGUAGGCUACACGGGUUUCAGCAAGAUGGCUGCAGUUCUUCGAGCAAAUCAGGAGUGCGGGCUGUAAGCCAGCGGUCCACAUCACUACAGCAGCAGCAGCGCUUCUUGCCGUCCGUCAGGGUGUAUGUGAGCCGCCGCCAGUGGACCGAGCGGGUCACUUCUGACAAGUGAGAUGGUGAGAGGGGGGAGGGAAUGAGGCCAUGGGCUGCACCUCGGCUAAGCAGGUGUCGGCUGUGCCCAACGAAGAAGAGGGCCGGGGCAAAGCCUACAGCAACGGAGACCUCUUCACUGAUGAAUAUAAGAUGAAGGGAGUGGAGGAGGUGAAAUACAUGCGUGGAGAAGAAGACAGAGUAAAUGCACGCAACCAGGAGAACCUGGCAGAGGAGCUGGUUCUGGCCCAAGCUUUAAAAGCCGACAGGGCCUCUGCACCGGAGGGCCACCAGGAGAAGAGCUCGAUGCAGCAAAGGACCAAACAGCACAAAGAGGUGCCUGGGCCCAGCGCCAACAAGACGAACAUACAUACGUCAGAGAGUCAGCAGGAGUUCUUCAGAAUGCUGGAUGAGAAGAUUGAGAAGGGGCGGGACUACAGCUCGGAGGAGGAGGAUGAUGUGACAUAGCAGAGAGGCGCCAGAUCUUGCCAGAGAUGGAAAUAGAGAGAGUGUGAACUCAAAAAUCAGUGUUUCCUAUGUCAGUAACACUCUGUCAGUCUGAGAGCGAGUGUGCGUGCGAGUGCGUGAGAGCGUGUGCUUGUGAGAGCGAGAGAAUGCAGGACUUUUCCUCAUAGGCUGUGGCACCCUUGACCCCUUCUCCUCUCUUGGGGUUGCCUUGUUUGGAGAUCUAGAUGGUUUGGGGUGAGGAAAGAACAGUUUGAUUGAUGUAUUAUCAACACAGACUCACUCUGACGUGAAAUGAGGACCCCCUUCCCCCUCCGCUCCUGUCCUCCUACAGCCAGCAUUGAAACGGCCCCCUUCGUCCUCCUGGCUGUGACAGAGCCAUCUGAGAUUAUGUUGAGGAAGGCAAGAUGAAAGGAUAUGGAGAGAAGAAAGACGACAUACCCCUCCCAGUCUUCGUUUUAAGUGGCAGGCCAGAGAAAAAAACUGACAUAUGGAGGAACCAGAAGAGAGCUUACAAACAUCCUCUGGAGAUAACGGGGAGUGAAUGUAAAGAUGGAGUGUUGUGGGUUUUUGGGGGGGAAAAAUUAUUGAACAUGAGAGAUAUUUUAUUAAGAGCAACUAUAUGAACGAACUGGCAGAUUAUUUGAUAUUUUGAUAAGAGCGUCGUGGCAAGUCUGGACUCCUGCCUUUUGAAGGACCUUUUUUAAUUUGUCGAGACUGAUUUGUUUGUUCCAUAAAUGUUUUUUCCCUUUUUUUUUUUGCUUAUUGCAUAAAUCAGACCUCUUCAAGCUUGUGCUGUAAAGGACAGGCCUGUACAGUGACCCCAUAACACACACACACACACGCACGCACACAUACAUGCAUAGAGAAAGCCUUAAAGCUAAAAUAAUCACCACACCCUCUUUCAACACACAAGUCCACACUUUCAUUUUGUAUAUCCUGCUGUUAUUUGUAAAGUUCUCAGAAAAUAGACGGAAAUACAGCCAGACUAGUUACCCACACACAUCCAAAUAUAUCCCUUACAGCCACCUGCACACUGGCAGCAUUUAACUUAAAGAUCCGUAUUGACCGUUUGUGCUGCCCUUUAGUACAGGUAACGGACUGUGAUGAGACUAUGGCAGAGAAAUUAGGUUGUCUUUUUUGUGUGUGUGUGUUGUGUGUUUCGAGGGCUGUAUUUGUGUUCAUCUGUGUCAGAGAACGGGUCUGACUGUGUUAAUCGUUGUCAAAGGGAUGAGGUGUUUGUCGUAGGCCUGUAUGUGUUUAGCUAGUGUUUACCUCGGUUUCUCACCCGGUCUUUCUCACUCAGUAGUAU